AUGGAGGAAAUGAAGCCUUUAAUUGAGGAACAAAAUUCAGGUGCCAUCUCAGAGGAAGAGCAUGAAAAUAAUUUCCUGCCAGUUGAGGAGCAUUACCAGUUUCAAAAUGAAGAAGGCAUUACGUUUGUACAAACACUUAUGCAUCUCCUCAAAGGAAACAUUGGAACUGGGCUUCUUGGUCUUCCACUUGCAAUAAAAAAUGCUGGCAUUGCGAUCGGACCAAUCAGCCUUGUGUUCAUAGGAGUUAUAUCUGUUCAUUGUAUGCACAUCUUGGUACGUUGCAGCCAGUAUCUAUGUCAGAGGAUGAGAAAAUCCUCCCUGGGGUACAGCGAUACGGUCAGUUACGCCAUGGAAGUGGGGCCCCUGGCUGCGCUUCAGAAGCGAGCUUCUUGGGGACGGAACAUUGUUGACUUUUUCCUAGUGAUAACACAGCUGGGAUUUUGUAGUGUUUAUGUUGUGUUCUUGGCAGAAAAUGUGAAGCAGGUCCAUGAAGGAUUCUUGGAAAAAUGGGCUUCUACCAUAAAUGUCAGUGCCAGCAGCAGUUCUUCUGAGAAGAGGAGCACUGAUUUACGAAUAUACAUGCUGUGUUUCCUGCCGUUCAUGAUCCUCCUGGUCUUUAUUCGUAACCUUAAGAGCCUGUCCUUGCUUUCAUUGCUUGCCAAUCUGUCUAUGGCUGUCAGCCUGGUGAUCAUCUACCAGUAUAUUGUUAGAGAUAUAGUAGAUCCUCAAAAACUGCCUCCUGUUGUUGGCUGGAAGAAAUACUCACUAUUUUUUGGGACAGCAAUAUUUGCUUUUGAAGGAAUUGGUGUGGUGCUCCCAUUGCAAAACAGAAUGAAGGACACAACACGUUUCCCACAGGCUCUGAACGUUGGCAUGGGAAUAGUCAUGACCUUGUAUAUCUCAUUAGCCACUCUGGGGUAUCUACGCUUCGGGGACGAAAUCAAAGCCAGCAUAACUUUAAACCUGCCACAAGAUAUAUGGUUGUAUCAGUCUGUAAAAAUUCUGUACUCCUUUGGGAUUUUUGUGACCUAUUCGAUUCAGUACUACGUGCCUGCAGAGAUCCUCAUUCCAGCUGUCACCUCCAAAGUGCAGCAGAAGUGGAAGUUACUCUGUGAGCUGAUGGUGAGAACACUGCUAGUCUGCUCAACCU